ACCCUCCGGCAGGCAGGUAGGGCACUGGGGCCGCCGGGUUGGCUAGGAAGGGGGCGGUGACGCGCACUAGGUGGUGGCCGGCACCUGGGCUUGCCCAAGUGCAGGGCGGGCGCUAGGACCCGGGCGGCGCACCUGUUGGCCGGCGCCGCGCCCCGCCCGCCCUGCGCUGGGAGCAUCGGGCUGCGGAACGCGAGGCCAGGGCGCACGCCGAGGACACGGACGCGCGUGGCUGCAGGUCGGAGGAACGGGGUCGCGGCUCACCAUGGCCGAGCUGCUGCGGAGCCUGCGGGAUUCACAGCUCGUGGCGCGAUUCCAGCGCCGCUGCGGGCUCUUCCCGGCGCCGGAGGAUUCUGAAGAGAAGCAUGUUGUAAAGAAUUAUUUCUACUAUUACCUGUUCCGGUUUUCAGCCGCUUUGGGUCAGGAAGUGUUCUACAUCACGUUUCUCCCAUUUACCCACUGGAAUAUCGACCCUUAUUUGUCCAGAAGAUUGGUCAUGAUAUGGGUUUUGGUGAUGUACAUUGGCCAGGUGGCCAAGGACAUCCUGAAGUGGCCGCGGCCUUCCUCUCCUCCCGUUGUGAAACUUGAGAAGAGAGUGAUUGCAGAAUACGGAAUGCCAUCCACCCACGCCAUGGCGGCCACGGCCAUUUCCUUUACCCUCCUCAUCUCUACCAUGGACCGGUACCAGUACCCUUUCAUUUUGGGUCUGACAAUGGCUGUGGUGUUCUCUACACUGGUGUGUCUCAGCAGACUCUACACAGGGAUGCACACGGUCCUGGAUGUCCUGGGUGGUGUUCUGAUCACUGCAGUCCUCAUUGCCCUGACCUACCCUGCCUGGACCCUCAUCGACUCCCUGGACUCUGCCAGCCCCCUCUUCCCUGUGUGCGUCAUCAUUGUGCCAUUCCUCCUGUGCUACAAUUACCCCGUGUCUGACUACUACAGCCCCACCAGGGCGGACACCACCACCAUUGUGGCUGCUGGGGCUGGAGUGACCCUAGGAUUCUGGAUCAACCACUUCUUCCAGCUCGUGUCCAAGCCCACCCCGCCUCUUCCUGUGAUUCAGAACAUCCCACCCCUUACCACUGACAUGCUGGUUCUAGGUCUGACCAAAUUUAUGGUGGGGAUCCUGUUGAUCCUCUUGGUUCGCCAACUGGUGCAAAACCUCUCCCUGCAGGUACUAUUCUCAUGGUUCAAGGUGGUUACUAGGAACAAGGAGGCCAGGCGAAGACUAGAGAUUGAAGUCCCUUACAAGUUUGUCACCUACACAUCUGUUGGCAUCUGUGCCACAACCUUUGUGCCAAUGCUGCACAGAUUUUUGGGACUGCUCUGAGCCCAAGACAGUUGGGAACUAGUCCACUAAUGUGAGAUGCAAAACGUGAGAAAGCUGUUGAUUCAGGUAAUCUCAAGGCCUCCUGUUUAAGGAAAAUAUAUGAGUCAUAUUUUUGUUUUGCUGAUAUAACAUAGAUACUACUGCUGUGGUGCCAGCCAUGUUAUUCAUCUGUGAGGACACCAGGGGCAAACCACACCUGAGGUCUGCAAGCUCACCCCUCCCCUUUCUGUUACAUGGACUUAGGACCUGGUCUUGGGUAGAGAGAAAUUGUGGCCCAGCUUGGAAUGGCUACAAGCCCCACCAAGCUCCAGAGACCCAGCAGACUUGAGGUAAUAUGAAGGCAGGAUAGUUCUUUUCAGUUACAAUCUUGCCUAAUGCCGAGUCUCAAUCCCCAAACUGGAGUUUGGUCUGGGAGUAGGGUGGGCACCAUGGAAAAUUGCAACUCCUUGGACAGAAUGACUUCUUGUGCUGUGACCAGACUGGACUGUGCCUGAGUGGGUGGCAAGACCAUUCUAGAAUAAAGUUUCCUGUGAGGAGACUGAAGAGAGUAGCAGAGCCAUGAGGCCACCGGAAGAGCCUGCUUUAUUUACCAGCUCAUCUCCAGGCACUGGUAGUGAAGCAAGACGCUGAGCUUCCUUGCAUAUAGUCUACAGCAUCCCAGGAUUCGGUUUCUACACUAGUGUCAGCAACACAUGACGGGCUGCCAGCUUCUCACAGGCGGACAUGGGGACACGCUGAGACUCCUGCACCCUCCUGCUUUGCCUUCAGCACCUUCAGUUGUUUAAGCUUCCAUAGAAGCCUAGAAGGCACUGGCUCAGCACAGGAAUGGAUGAGCUUCGUCCUCUGGAAACCUGACCAAGUUAGGCAGCCCUGACAUUGUCUCAUCCCGGUGACAUUACCUCAUCAUUGCUCGGCUACUUUGUAUAAAUGUUUUCAAUUAUUCACCCACUAGGCAGAAUCAGGGAUUCCCUCUCAGUCCUCCCCACCUCUUCUUACCUCUUGGCAGUUUUAAGAUUUUCAGUUAAGAACUUUAAGAUUUUUAGAUUUGAAGAAUUUUAGUGCAAGAAAAACUGCAGUCUAUUUUGAGGGGGGAAAAAAAAAAAAAGCAAGCCAAUUAACUGUAACACCUGUGGUCCUCCUUAGCAAGAACAAGGUAUUCCUGGUGCCCACAACAGAGAGCUUUCCCUGCACUCAGAGUUUCAGAAUAAACAAUAUGCUGCCAGGUUGGUGUAAAUGGUAGUUGUUGACCUUUUGAGGGAUAGUGUCAGUAAGCCAGUGUUUCACUAUACACACACAUUGGACAAAAUUACACACACACCCUUAAGUGCUGCUGAGGUUCCAACUUGUUCAUUCACACCAAGGCCAACAUUUUCUCUGAUUUUAAGUAUGUCCCAUGGCCUAGGUUGGAAUGAUGUUCUUUGGUACUGAAUAUAGUGUUUUAAUUUCUGAAGAAUAAUUCUUAGGCUGGGCAUGGUGGCACAUGGUUUUAAUCCCAGAACUUGGGAAUCAUAGGCAGAUGGAUCUCUGAGUUUGAGGCCAGCCUGGUCUACAGAGUGAGCUCCAGGACAGCCCAGGGCCACACAGGGAAAUCUUGUCUUGAAAAACAAACAAAAGGAAUAAUUCUUAACAAAAUGCCCAUUUUUAACUUAACAAUUCUUCUCUUAUUUAUCAUAGUUAAGAACAGGGAUGGAAAGGGUCCAGCACUUGGCUGGUUUUGCUGACAGUAUUUCAGCUCCAUGGCUGGGGAGCCGCAAGCCCUGGCUUACAGGUUUGCUUGCCUAGGCCAGGCUCUCCAGUGCAUGGCUGUUGAUGGAGCACUUUCAGUUGUUUCUCCCCCAAUCCCCAAGCUACCAAACUAGAGCUUGUAAUGCUGGUUAAUAUUCCCACAGGGUGAUUUUUAGUUGGUUUGUCUGAGGCCUAAUGGCAAAAGCUCAGCUUCUUCUACAUGUAUCUGCAAAGACAGGCCGUAUGGAUUGUCACAGCAGUGGGUGUGGUGAGUAGGAAGUUUAAGGCCCAACAACAGGGAAGUUGACAACUGAGUGAAUGCAUUCAAGGCUGUGUUUACAUAAUUUAGAUGGAGGAUGAAUAUAUUAGCCACACAACAUUAAACAGCGGCCUAAGAAUUUGUCCUGACUGGUCACUCUUGGAUGGACUUGAUAACAGCAACUGGAGGGAGAAGGUAUUCACUGAAGAUGCCAAGUUUAGUUUUGGAUUCCUACAGUAUUGGUUUUAAAUGCUGUGGCCUGACCAUGUUUUGCCUUUGGUGAGCCUUCUCAAUUCACCGAAUUCACUUCUUACAGAGAAGCACUUCACCCUAGUAAAUUCUCUCUCCGGUCUCCUUUCACAACACUUCUGUCAGUUUCUCUUUGGAGAGAGAGUGCCCCCUGCUGGCUUAGCUUGUCUUAGUCCAAAGGCCCUCUUGCUCUGGGCUGGCCGGUCACCAGAAUGUGUCCCUGUUAAGUCUAGGACUGGCCCGCCCGGAAACCAAAGCUUUUAGGCUCCUCUGGGAAUCAGGAAGAAUAAUACAUCCUUUUCCCAUCUUGCUACUACUCUGGGUCAAGGCAUCAAUCUAGAACCGGCUUUCUAAACAACUGUCCAUUUUGGGUCAUUUUUGCUCAGACCUGUACCAUAUGCUGGAAAAAGACAUAGGCAAAACCCUUAAACUAAUACCCUUUCAUGGCAGCCACUAAAACCACUCCACACUGUGCCUGGUAACUUGGGGUUUUCUUGCCCAACUACACAACUCAUCUUCCUGGGAUAAUCACAGCAUGUGGUAUUUCAGACCAUAUGUUUCAGGUUUCUAUUUUGGAAGCCUUCAACUGUCUUGCUUAUGCAGUGUAUGUAAAUUUAUUCUUUUUAAAAAUAAAAUCAUUUUUUGUUUGAGUAUGAUUAUUAAAUGCUUUAAAACCUAA